AAGUAAUAAAGAGAAUAAAUGAACACAAAUUAUUUUCCAAACCCUAAUAGUAGACCACUAAACCACAAAAUCCAACGGUCAAGUUCACACGACUAUCACGAUUCACGAUUCUAGAACGAAAAGUGGACCCCACCAAAAACCAACAUCAUCUUGUCCGUUGAAAAUAGGCGGGAAAAUUCACAAAUCCAACGGUCCAGAUACGAGACUCAACACCCUAAAAAGCUGCUAUCUUUUCAAUCCUAUUUAGCAGCAGAUUUGCCCAAGAAGAAGAAUAAGAAGAAAAAAGGAACCAUUUUUCUCUGUUUCAUUUCCAAAAAAUGGCACCAAAAAGACCACCAACAAACGCCGGCGACUCUUCCGCCGCCGCCGCCGACAGUGGCAGAGUUACCCGGAGCUCCACCCGCCUAGCCACCGCCGUCGCUCCGCCUGCUGAAGACCCUGCAGCACCAAACAAAAAGAAGGCCAAAACCACCACCACCACCUCCUCCUCCUCCGCCGCCGCCGUCGCUCCGCCUGCUGAAAAUCCUGCAUCACCAAAGAAAAAAAAGGCCAAAACCACCACCACCUCCUCCUCCGCCGCCGUAGCUCCGCCUGCUGAAGACCCAGCAGCACAAAAGAAAAGGAAGGCCAAAACCACCACCACCACCUCCGCCGCCGCCGAGAAACCCCAGCCGCCCGCGGCGGAUCUCGGUGGUUCCAAGAAAAUCAUAAUCGAACACUGCAAACAAUGCAACGCAUUCAAGACAAGGGCUAUUCAGGUAAAAACCGCGUUGGAGGAGGGUAUUCCGGGAAUCGAAGUUUCGCUAAACCCCGAAAAACCCAGGAGGGGCUGCUUCGAAAUCCGCGAGGAAGGCGGCGAGGUUUUCAUCAGCCUGCUCGAUAUGAAGAGGCCCUUUCCCCCAUUGAAGAAACUCGACAUGGACGAGGUCAUUUCCGACAUUCUUGAAAAGAUUCGAUGAUUCUAAGGUUGUCCGAACAACUCCGAUGCUUUCUUUAGUUAAUUUUAUUUCUAUUUUUUGUUGUAGUAAAAAAAACUAUGGUGGUUGCAAUUUGUAUGCUAUGUUUUUGUGUUGUGCCUGCAUCUUAUUCUUGGAUCGAGUAAUUUGAUUUUCAAUGGGCAAAGGUAAUUUUCCCCGA